CACGUUGAAGCUUCACCACAACCACAACCAUCUCUCUUCACAGCCAUUAAACCUUUUCAAUUCCCAUUUCCACUUUCUCUCUCUUCUUUUCUUACACCCUAAGCCCACCAUUCUACCCCCCCAAAACGAUGCUUUAAUCUUUUUCUAAACCCUAAUCCCUCUUCUUCCCUGUUUCAUCCUUCUUCCAGUCAUGGACUUGACCUCCGCCACCGUCACCGGCCCCUUGGAUUCUCUGCACUCUGCAAACCCACCACUUGCCCACCCCACCAGCACCACCAAAUCUCUGUCUUUCACCAACGGCUCCCUCAAGCGCCACCACCCUUCGGCUCAUCCGCCACCUCCUGCGGUAGUUUCCUACAAGGAAUGCCUCAAGAACCACGCCGCCAGCAUCGGCGGCCACGCGCUUGAUGGUUGCGGCGAGUUCAUGCCCUCCUCCGCCUCCAACCCCAGUGACCCGCGGUCCCUCAAAUGCGCCGCGUGCGGCUGCCACCGCAACUUCCACCGCCGUGACCCCCAAGAGCUUCUUUACUCCAGCCCCAACUUCUUAAGCUGCUUCUAUCCCCCGCUUCCCCCGCCGCCUCCGCCGCCGCUAGCUCCUCGGGGGUUAAGCCCCAGCACCAGCCCGAGCAUGAGCCCCAGCUCAAGCCCGAGCAGCACCAGUCCGAGCCAGUUGUCAAGCCCGUCGCCGCCGCCGGUGUCGCAUUUCCCUCCUCCUUACCCCACAUCGGCACCGCACAUGCUGAUCGCACUCGGCAACGCUUAUUCUGGUCCGUCCGAUGAGCAGCAUCGGAGUAGCUUCAUGAAUUCCUCAGCGAUGAAGGUGGAGGAGAGCCCGGGUGGGAGAAAGAGGCACAGAACGAAAUUCAGCCAAGAGCAGAAGGAGAAGAUGUUUCAUUUCUCUGAGAAAUUGGGUUGGAGAAUGCAGAAAGGAGAUGAUAGAACGGUACAAGAUUUCUGCAACGAGAUUGGGGUCUCUAGAGGAGUGUUCAAGGUUUGGAUGCACAACAACAAGAAUACUUUCAGGAAAAAAUCAGAAAUCGGAAAUACCCAAACUGAGAAAGUUACCAAUGAAGGUGAUGACUGUGCAGCUGGUAAUAAUAAUCGAGGGAUGUUCCGUUUCAUUCAUCUUUCUCUUGUUAGUAGAUCUCUGAGCGCCGUCUCAAUCUGAAAAUCUGAUUCAUGGACUUGGAUUGAAGCUUUAAUCAUAAACGCAUGCAGCUCCAGAAAUGCCCAUACCUGUCUGUCCAAGUAUAUCAUGAAAUGAUCUUGCGGUGGAACUUGUGAUGAUUAUAUUGAUAUCUCUGCAAGUUCUGUCGCCAUUCAUUAAUGGAGGGGUGGCAACUUUUGCAGAAAUAACGUGAUGGACAUAAUGCCAUUGAUGAGUUUGGUGAACUCCUGCAUGAACCGAACCUCUAACCAUCUUAUCUUAAUUCCUCUUAAUGAUGAAUUUAUGAAUUACUCUUAUCUUUUUAGUGGGCCUACUGUGUUUUGUGAUUACACCAAUUUAAGAUCUGGUUUUUUUAUUUUUUUG